CCGACACUAGCCGACACUAGCCGUCCACACUGUGGCGAACCACUUCAAAAUGGUCGGCAACUUCGUCCUUCAUGGUCGAAUAUGUUGAUUCCUUGUAUGAAAUUGGGUUUUGGGCCAUUUUCCACCAAAGAAGCCCUAACCUUAGGUGGGAUUUUGAGAGGGAAAAAGAAAGGGGUUUUGGGUUUCUUCGCUGGGUUCCUGCUAAGAAUAGAAGAGAGCGUGAGAGGUUAAUUCAUUUCGAGCUAUGGGGGCGCGGUUACCGAUUUUCGGGAGUUCAAGAACGUGUAAAGUAGAGAUAGUUUGGGGAUUAAGAGAGAAUUUUAUUUUAUUUUCUCUUCUCUCGCUGGCAGUGUAAUUCGACCUUAAACACCAAUAUGCAUUUAUGACCGAAAGGCAUGGCCCAAAAUGCAAAGGGUAAGAUGAGCUCGAUCAGAGAAGACUCUUCUUUCUUUUUUAGGGGUAAGAUGAGCUCAGAGUAAGCCACGUCCCAACUAUUCAGCGUUCGCAGGGGGUGAAGCUGUGAUCACUGUGAAGGAGAGAGGGUGGAACACCGUUUUCCGACUAGCAAUGUUUCAUCUAACUAAUCGAAGGAGGCUCAUUUCGGUGGGGGGAAUUGUAAUUACUCUCACUAUAGCAUUUCAAGCCUUCAUUAUGCCCUCUAGAAUUGCUAUGUCACCUUUCCUUGUUCCUAAAACCCUUGAACUCGAUGAAGAGAUCAUAUCCCAUAAAGUUACUUACCCACCACCCAUAAUGAUCGGAAAACUAUCCCUUUUGAACAACUCACUGAACGCUAGGGACUCAUCAGUAGACUUCGAUGAAGCUAAUGCAUCUGAAAUUUCCAAUAACGACAAAGAUUUUAACCCUCAUUCUAAAACUGAAGACCACACUCAAGAUUUGGAGCAAGAUGACGUCUUAUAUGAUGACAUUAAUGUAAGAGAUGAUGAAGAUGUGGAUACUGAAUUCUCAACUGACAUCGAGAAUGGUAUUAGGAAGAAGGUUGAGGAGGUCAUUGGGGGUUCUACAAAAUUAUCCAAUUCUUUGAUAUCAGAUGGUUUCAGCAAAUCCAAGCUAAAUGUUAAACUAUCAAAAAAUAAGAAAAGGGUGAUUCCUGCAGUGUCCAUAUCAGAAAUGAACCAAAUUUUGCUCCGAAACCAUGCUUCUCCUUGUUCAAUGAAACCUCAGUGGUUGUCAGCACGUGACAAAGAGCUAUUAACAGCAAAGGGAAAGAUGGAAAAUGUUCCCUCUGUAAGGAGCGAUCAGCAACUUUAUGCCCCAGCUUUCCGAAAUAUUUCCAAGUUUGUAAGGAGCUAUGAGUUGAUGGAGAAAAUAUUGAAAGUCUAUGUGUACAAGGAAGGACAUCGGCCCAUUUUCCAUCAGCCACUUCUCAAGGGGAUUUAUGCCUCCGAAGGAUGGUUCAUGAAGCUCAUGGAGACAAACAGGCAAUACAUUGUGAAGGACCCAAUAAAAGCUCAUCUCUUCUAUAUGCCCUUUAGCACUCGUCUUUUACAGCUCGAGUUGUAUGUACGCAAUUCUCACAAUCGAAGAAAUUUAGAACAAUACUUGAUUGACUAUGUCAAUAAAAUUGCUUCUAAAUACCCCUUCUGGAAUAGGACAGGUGGAUCAGACCAUUUUCUUGCUGCUUGCCAUGACUGGGCACCAUAUGAAACAAGGCACGCCAUGGAACAUUCGAUCCGAGCUCUUUGUGUAUCCAACCUCCAUCAAAGCUUUCAAUUGGGAAAAGACGUUUCUCUUCCAACAACUUAUGUUCGAUCUGCCAAGAAUCCCCUCAGGGAUCUCGGUGGAAUGCCUGCAACAAAUCGCUCUAUUCUCGCCUUCUAUGCCGGUAACCUUCAUGGUGAGCUUCGCUCGAUCCUAUUGCAGCAUUGGGAGAACAAAUACCCUGAUAUGAAAAUCUACAGCCCUUUGCCUCGAGGACUCAAAAGAAAGAUGAUAUAUAUUCAACACAUGAAGAGCAGCAAGUACUGCAUUUGCCCGAGAGGUUAUGAAGUUAAUAGCCCACGAGUCGUUGAGUCCAUUUUCUAUGAAUGUGUCCCAGUGAUUAUUUCGGACAAUUAUGUUCCUCCCAUCUUUGAGGUGUUAAAUUGGGAGGCAUUUUCUGUUAUAAUUCCAGAGAAAGAUGUGGCCCGAUUGAGAGAGAUACUUGCAUCGAUCCCUGAGGAGAAGUAUCUUUCUUUGCAGGAGGGAGUGACGAUGGUGCAGAAGCACUUCCUAUGGCAUAGUAAGCCAGUCAAGUAUGACUUAUUUCAUAUGACCCUGCACUCAAUCUGGUACAAUAGAGUAUAUAACGUAAGGACUGGGUGAAGGUAUGGAUUAAUGAAAAAUUCAGCCUGGCUUCCUUUGGAUGCUUUGUAUUCUGCACUGCUUCGAAUACAAGUGAAAGGUGUAUCUUCAAUCGACUGAGACUGUAAUCUGCUUAAUUUCGAUGGAAGCCUGCAGUUUUAGAAUGCGACGGAAUGCCAACAAUGAAGGAACGUGCACAAAGUAAUUCUGUAUUAUUGUUGUAUCCAGAAUUUAAAUUCUAUGCAUGCUAGGCACGCUUAACUAUCAGAUGGUUUCUAUUGUACAUUGUCAUCCUGGAAGUUUCAUAGUUGGAGACCCUUGUACAUUUAUUGUUUAAUAAAGUGAAAGGUGAGCUAAGAUGUGUACAUGAAUUGUGACAUAAAUAACAUCAAUUUGUCCCUUCAACAA